GGUGAAAUGACAGAUCAACAAAUGUUUGAAAUUCAUGAGUGAAAGUGGAGGAGGACUUGAUGGAUCAGAAGAAGAGUUUACAGAGUUUGCAGAGGCGAAGAGUGAAACAGAAACACCUGUCAGCUCAACUGAAAUAUUCUUUCAAACUGAUGAGAAGCCUUUUUCAGGGGAUGAUUUCCAAGUUCCCGAGCAAUUGCAGUCUUUAUUAAAAGUUGAAAAUGACUCUCUUUAUUUGACCAAGGUCAUUUCCUCACUCGAUGAAAAGGAAAGAAAAGACCUAUUUCAUUGGCUUAUGAACGAAGGUAAUCCCUUUUGCCAAGAAGCGGUAACUGUAAGUCAACCCUUUUCCCAAGUGAGUUUGGCAGAUGAUGUCUUUCCAUCCAUUCUCUCCCCUUCUUUGAGAAACCAUUCAGCAGAAACGGAGCAAUACUUUGCUCAGGUUUUCCAAAAGUUUGUUCAGAAGCAAGUUUUAGAGUUGGAAGAAACACCACAACCACCCGAUUCGCUGGCCAUUCAUCUUGCUAGUAUACUUUCUACGUCCGACCUGUCGUUACACUCCGCGGAAGCAGAGUUACCAAAAGAGAUAGCUCAUAUUAAGGAAAGAAUAGCAAAGAUUCCUUUACCGAGUUUGUACGGAAAAAAUGUAAACAAGGAAUAUUUGAACCGCGCUCCUCUAGCAGAGAUGUUGGCUGCUGAAAGAGCUACAUCUCGUGUUCUCAGGGAUAUGGAAGACUUCAAGCAAGACUCCCAGGAUACGGAAUAUUCCGAAUCUGAUCUCGAAGAUAUUCCUAGUCCAAGAAAUUGGCAGUUAUUUGUGACUUCUGAAGAGUCGACGGGUUCUUCUCUUCCAGAAGAAACUGGUAAGUCCCUGUCUUCUCCAAAGACAAAGGAAAGCAGUCAAAAGGAGGAGCUAUACGACGUAGAUCUGAAUUAGAUUCAAAGCUAAUAUAUUUCAUGAAGGAGAUGAAAGGGUUUGCUUUCACAAGUUGUAGUAUUCAGUAAACGUUGAACUCAUCCAUUCAUCUCAUCGAUCGAUGAUGGCUUUUGUAUU